CCUAAUAAUAACAACCCAAUUCACUCCAGAUUCUGAAAUUGUGUUCUUCUGACUCAAACCCUUCGAUUUCCUCUUCCAGUUCGAAAUAAAUCACGUAAUCGCACGCCUUCAAUUUUGCUUCUGUCGUUAUCAUUGAUUCUUUAUAUAUUUUGGCGAAAUAUAUAAUAAUUCACCAAGAAUGUUUCCUGGGAUGAUGGAUCCGGAGAUGAUCAGACUUGCUCAAGAACAGAUGAGUCGUAUGUCACCCGCAGAGUUAUCCAGGAUCCAGCAACAGAUGAUGUCUAAUCCUGAGUUGAUGAAAAUGGCUUCUGAUAGCAUGAAAAACAUGAAGCCAGAGGACUUAAGGCGUGCUGCAGAACAGUUGAAGUCUACUCAGCCAGAUGAGAUGGCUGAAAUUGGUGCCAAAAUGGCAAAUGCAACACCUCAGGAGUUUGCUUCUAUGCGUUCCCAAGUAGAUGCACAGAUUACUUAUCAGUUAAAUGCAGCCCAAAUGCUGAAACAAAAGGGGAAUGAGCUUCACAGUCAGGGAAAGUUUAAUGAUGCAUUGGAGAAUUAUUCAAGGGCAAAAAAUAAUCUGAAAAGCAUACCUUCAUCUAAAGGAGAACCUCUUCUCUUGGCUUGCUCUCUUAAUUUGAUGUCAUGUUACUUAAAGACUAAUCAGUAUGAUGAGUGCAUUAAAGAAGGUAUUGAGGUAUUGGCAACAGAUUCAAGAAAUGUUAAAGCUCUUUAUAGAAGAGGUCAAGCAUAUAGAAGUUUAGGGAAACUUGAAAAUGCAGUAUCAGACUUGACAAAAGCACUUGAAUUUUCUCCUGAUGAUGAAACUAUUGCAGAUGUUUUAAGGGAUGCUAAGGAGAAAUUAACUGAACAUGGUGGUAAGGAUGCAACAAGGGGCUUAAAAAUACAGGAGAUUACAGAUGAAGUUCCAACUCCAUCAUCUGAAAUGCAUGAAACUUUGUCUUCUAAUCAGAAAACUAAAGAAACUAAUGAUAACAUGAAUUUUCCAAACAAUACCGAGUAUUUGCAGAGUCUUAAAGAUGAUAAAGAAUCUAUCAGAUCAUUCCAAAAUUUCAUGUCUCAAUCGGAUCCAGAAACCCUAGCAUCCAUGGGUGGAGGAAAAAUCGAAGGAAUAUCUCCUGAUAUGGUCAAAUCCGCCUCCAAUUUAAUCAGCAAUAUGCAACCCGAAGAAUUUCAAAGAAUGCUUGAAAUGGCUACUUCCUUCCAGGGGCAAAAUAGUCCAUUAAACCCCUCUAAUCGUGGGCCCGGUAUGCCAAAUGUCACACCCGAUAUGUUCAAAACAGCAACUGAUAUGAUGAACAUGAUGCCACCUGAAGAGCUCCAAAAAAUGUCCAAAAUGGCAUUAAAUGGAUCCGGAUCAAAUACAGAGUCAGAAGGUCAAGAAAGAGAUUUUUCAACUUUUAAUGAGGAUAUUGGUGAGAGUAGCACUUCUAGAGGGGUGUCAAAUUCCAGAAAUGCCCCUCAACCUAGCUUCCCGAGUUCAAGCUUUGAUAUGCAGGAACAAUUAAAAAAUCAAAUGAAGAAUCCAGCUAUGCAUGAGAUGAUGUCAUCAAUGAUGAAAAAUAUAAGUCCAGAUAUGAUGGCAAGUAUGAGUGAACAAUUUGGAUAUAAAAUGUCACGUGAGGAUGCAGAAAAAGCUCAACAAGCAAUGUCAUCUUUAUCACCAGAGAGCAUUGAUAAAAUGAUGAAAUGGGCAAAUAGAAUACAAAGAGGCGUUGAAGGUGCAAAAAGUACAAAAAACUGGCUACUAGGAAGGCAGGGGUUAGCCAUGGCUCUAAUCAUGCUUUUGCUUGCAAUUCUCCUCAAUUGGCUGGGGUAUAUUGGUCAUUAAACCCUACACUCAUAUCACUAAAUCAAACCAUUCUUUUCUUUUUACAACUAGAGGUGUUCUUUAAGUGAAAAAAAAACAAUAAAAAAGAAGAUGGAUUUUGUUUUUGUGUCUCAAAUGAAUAUAUUUAUAAAUGGUCAUCGACGUGGCAACUACGCAUUGUGCUUAUAAAUAAUGUUUUCCAUUUGGUUUUAGUUUAUUGAUUAAACAUUUCGAUGUAUACUUUAUUCUAUUUAAUGUGGAC